UUGAAAAGUGCGCCGGCGCUCUCUGCCUGGCUCUAUUAACAACGCACGCGUGUGCGGCGUGUUUUUUCUCCCCUUUUAGUUUCGCGCCAAGCGAGUGCACAUCACGCUCGAAGCCUCGUCGAUGUCAAGAUCGAGCCCGUCGCGCGCCGGCAUUGUCCUGCGCAAUUGAGUCUAUAUAUUGGCCAGCGCCCAAUCCAGCCGCGGCGUCGGCAAAAAAGACAGACGGCCUUUUUCGUCGUCCACGCACGGUGACUGGUGCGACCAGGGACGACGUUUCCCGAGAGCCCGUCGAAGCGACAACGAACGUCGGCGACGGGUCUUGGAUACGAGGAUGGCGAGCUCUCGAUCGACGACGCCGUAGCGCCCAGACUGGCGUCCGACUCGAAUGCCGCUCUGUAGCUGACUGCGUUUUAGACUGCGUUACGACGGGUGCUGGCGCUGGUGUAUGGCCAGGCACCUGAGAGAACGCCGGGUGCGGCAAAAUCGCGGUUUCGGCGCUGGCAGUGGUCGGUACACGGAUGCACGGUGACCGGGCGCCUGCACCUUCACAAGGCAAGCCAUGGGAUCCAGCCAGAGUCAGCUGACAGCUGAGGAGCUGCGGGACUACAGAGAGCUGACGUUCCUUACGAAAAAGGAAAUUCUGCACGCCUUCAAACGAUUCAAGGCCAUCGCUGAAGGGCAGGUGUGUGCUGACAAGCACACCAGAAUUCCCGUCAGGUACAUCGAACAGAUGCCGGAAUUCAGGUGCAACCCCUUCCGGGACCGGCUACUGCGGGUGUUCUCGUCCUGCAAGGACGAUCGCAUGUCCUUCGAGGACUUCCUCGACCUCCUGAGCGUGCUCUGCGAGGAUGCGCCCGUCGACGUCAAGGCCGAAUACGCCUUCCAGAUAUUCGACAUGGACGACGACGGUGUUCUGGGCGAGGACGACCUGGCGGAGGUCAUCAAGCGGCUGACGUCGUGGGACUCCGGCUGCCGCCUGGAGACGCCCGACGUUCAGCGGAUCAUCGAGCAGAUCCUCGCCGAGGCGGACCUGGACCGGAGCGGUCACAUGUCGCUCAUGGAGUUCCAGCACUGCAUGCUCAAAAACCCCGACUUCGCAAGCUCUUUCAGCAUACGGCUGUGAACCGGCACUUCGAAUUCUGGACCGUCACGCAAACCUUGUGCGGCGGAGGCGUCGCGGGUGCGAGUCCCGCGGCGGCGGCGUCGUCACGACCGAAUGGAGCACAGCGGGAUCGCGCCGUCACCGCCACACUGUCACCACCGCCCGCGACCUUUGUCGCGCCGCACGUUCUCCCUUUGUUUUCGUCGAUUAAACGGUAUCGACUUUCGA